CUCACCAUCGACAGCCGACAAUGCCUCUGGCGGAAGCAGCCGCGUUGAUGCUGACUAUAAUGGUGGCGAACGACAUCGCGUUGCUCGACUGUGUCUGCGGCCACCUCGCCCAACACUACGAUAACCUUUCCCACGACGGCGAUGAACUGAACAGCAUUAUCAGAGGCGGUGAAAAACUGAUAUGGAUGGCCUACUGUUCUGAUGUGGAUGGAUAUAAGCUGGCCACACAGUGCGAGGCCUUCAAGACACCGUCCGCCGCGUUGCCUAUUGUUACGCGUCUGGCGCAGAGCAGCUGGAGGGACAGACAGCUGCCGCACGCGGAGCAGCAGCUGUGCGUUGAGUUGUUGGUGGCGAUGCGCCGCCUCACGCUGCGGGAGGCCAACCAAGUAGCCUUGGCCCUCCUGUGUGUCGUCCCCGCCGACUGCCUCGACUCCUGCCCAGUACAGGGGACUCAUGAAGGUCGUCGACCUGGGACUGGUCCCUGGCUACUGGCGAGACUUCCCACAGCUGGUGUCACUCGGCGUAUCGCAUCUCUCACGUCUGUUGGUUCCCCUAGCAUUCGAACACAUGGGUAACAACAUGAGCGACCACCGACUCCAUGGCUGGACCAGAGAUAUGGAACGUGUGAAAGAUAUGCUGCACAUAAAAUUUAAAGGAUGGGUACAGGACAUGCAAUCCUUCAGCAAGCAGAUAGGUAACUACAAGGUGGAAGAAGACAAGAACAGCCCUGGAGAGUAUAUAGUUAGGCAGCCACUGUUGAGUCAUCGCUUACUGGACUAUCAAGAGCCGCUGCUCUUUUUUCAUGAUGACUUUAGUGAGGUGUGUGAGGACGAACAUCCAGAGGCGUCACAAAUGUUCCAUCUCGCCGAUGCACUGUACGCCCUCUAUCGUGUGAGGUGGAUCGGACUACUAGUAUUCACAAGUUUUCAUAAUGCAACCACUGUAGAUGAGGAGUGGCAGCUGGAGGACAGAAGCAACGCUACGCUCUACGUGGAUACUGGCUGCAUGCAACUGCUGGCCAACACCAUGGACCACCCCACGUGUCCACUGGAAGACCUGCCUCCAGAGGCCAUCGAGCAGCGCGAGCGGUGUCGCGUGCAGCUGUGGAAUGACAUGGUGCAGAGGUCGCCCUACUUACCCGUCACCAGCUACUUGGCCUACACGCAGAGGGCAAACGUCAAGCUCUGUCUACUGGCCUGGAUGGUUGCCAACUCGCGCGGCAUUUGUCAGGACGUCCUCUUUAGUAUGAUACAGUCCGUACACGAUGCUCGCUGCUACUUCGAUAGUCCUGCUGACCUAUCGUGUCUACAGUCGAACGAUACAGAUGCAAUCUGUUCCGUUUCCAGAGCUAUUAUGUUGCUAAAGUGUCGCGAUUUUUCAUUCCUUCAGCCGCCCAACAUAUGUAUUGUCAAUCUUUACAAAAAUGGAUCACACUCAGCUAUAUCCAAAGCGAAGUGGACAGUAGAGACCGACAAAUGGUUUGGAAAGGCAACAGAAAAAACACUGAGAUAUAAAGACAGUUUAAAUAGCGCCACUUUUAAAUACAAGGAUUUUAGAAUCGACAGCUUAAAACCUUUAGAAAUUUCAUUUAUAGCGGUAAAUAUUCUUUUUCGCUUUUCAACUGCUGGAAUAUAUAUGUACCUUCCCCCUUUACGUAAUUUGCCUGGAAAGAUAUUCUUGUGCUUUCAGAUCACUGGUAUAAUCCAGAUACUGUGUUCUGAGAUCGCGUAUCGAAUGGCAGGUGUCCUCAACUUGAGUACUGUGGUGUUGAUAGAUAGCGCCCUCACACUUCUCAGCUGCAUUUGGCUAAACUCAUUCUGCUACCAAAUGUACGCAUGCAUUCGUCAUCUGAGGCUCCCUAACGACCUACUACCUGCUGAAGCAAGAAAAGUACUCCGUCGUCAGGUGCUGUGUGCUCUAAUACCGUGGAGUGCAGUAUGUGCAGCAUGUGCUAUUUUGGAAAAAACGAGCAUAUAUUAUUUGUUCCAUAGUCGAAUAGUAUUGAUGGUGGGAAUUUCAGCCUCAGUAGCUUUCAACUUGGUUUGUCUUGGACUAGUGGGCUGUAUGUACCUACGUACUACGAAAUCCAUGACUCAGCUCAGGAUUUACAGUAACAAUAAAUUCGGCUCAAAGAAAGAAAUUGUUUUUAUGUCAGUUAAAACUGUCUUCUUAAGUGGGGUAGGUGUCAUUAUUAGAAUUGGGUUCCACCAAGCACAAGGCAUUGCACAGUUUGUGUACUACGUGCAUUUAGCUACGAUGGUGCAGGGACCACUGCUGUUCGUUUUCUUCAUUUGCAACGGAACAACACUCCCUGCGCUCAAGAACAGCGUGCUGUCGUGGUGGAGACCGGACGUCAUCAGGCCAGACCAGGAGCUGUGCUCGGCGGCCGAGAGGAACCUGGAGAGGAGGAGACGUGAACGGUCUCCGGCUGCAGAGUCCUCGGUGUAGAUUCAUUGAGUUUUCCUCUCGAAGGACUGUGUUCCCACAAGACUAUGCUAACUCCGGCAAAUCACACGCGUAUUUAUACACGACAGCCUCUGUCUACGUACUUUAAUUCACUGUGAGUGUUUACUAAAACUGAAUCUCCGGUGAAAAUAAUAGUAAAGUUCUUGCCCUACUUUUUCUGCCCGGUCACAUGAUGAAACAUUAACACAGAGUCACAAGGAGAUUUUAUGGUACGUUUAUAUGUGUUGCCUCAGUUCUUCCAGACAAGUUCGAAAUGGCACACACCACCAGUAUAAAUAUGUACCUACACCUCUACAGCGAAAUAUUAUCUUAUGUGCAGAUGCAUUCACUUGUAUGAACUCUUGCAGCUCUAAAAUAAGUAGCUCAGGGCAAUCAGGGAUAGUAGACGGAGAACAUACAUUGCACUGUGUACCGAGUAGGAAUAUGGGCUGGGUGGAAAGUGUUCCCGGAGUUCCGAUACGGUUUGAGUGGUUCCAGCUCACACGCCGAGCGAGCAGGUUGUCUUUCUUCCAGCUGCACCAUAGCGCCACGUGUGUCGAACCUGUUUUCACUCAGUCUUGAGUGUGUGCUUGUGUGUGUGUGUGUGUGUGUAUCGGAGGGCGUGGCAUCGUACUGCCUGGCGGCACUCGUUGGUUUGUUCCCUGCCCGUGCCACGAUGUCUGUCGGCUCUCCCUCGAACAUUCCUCGUCGAGGUGCCAUUCGGUUCAGUUUUGGCGGGAGUACGAGUCAUGUUCAGCCAGGCUCUUUAGAAAUGCACGAUUGGUUGGCUGAUAUGAUUCGUGUUAUAUCUGAUCAGGUAGAUACUGCUCAUUUUUACGCUGGUUCGUAUGCAUGUUUUUGCAAAGUUCCAUGACUCCUUGCAACGAGAGUGGCUUCUCACUAGGCUUGGUUCUCAGGUGAUCUUUACUCUCCGUGAUGGCUCCAAUAGCCCAGUCCUUUUUGAAUAUGAGACGGUCGAGUAUAUUCCGGUCAGAGUUGGCAGUAUACCACCCGAUGUGGACGAUUCAUUUCUUAAGGCGUGGUUUCUUCUCUCUAGAGUCGUUCCGCACAUCUGGCGGGAACUGUGGUCUGUGUAGCAUCGCUUGCAAUCUCACAGAUAUCACAAGCGUAGCUAUGUGUGUUCAGAAGAAUGUUCCUUCACACCCGAAUGUUUGUGGUUGCCGGAUUUAUGUUAUGCAUGCAGUGAAAGCUGGAACCUGACUUCUUUGUAAUGCUGAAAGUGGCCAUAUCAUAUUCAAUUGUCUUAAGGUCGCCCUAUGAAACACGUUAUCCGUUGACAUUCGUGUCUCCCCAUUCCGCUGUCAGUACUUCUCCAGCUUUAGAGGACGCUGGGGAGACAUUCCCCCCGCUCUCCACACACACACACACACACACACACACACACACACUCCACGCGACUUUCCGCCGUUGUUGGCACGUUCAGAUGCGGCCCCUGCUGCUCUCAGGGCGCCGUCACAGGUAGAAAAACUUGAAGGUCGGCGAACUCAUCGCUGCUCAGUCUCGUCUCUCCGAGAAGGUGGCGGCGGAGGGUGCUUCUUCCCGUAGUGGUGCUUUGAAUUCUGACGAUCUCGUCUUUACAGGCCUGUUUCUGCUGAUGUUGAAACACGUGGUGCAUCUGCGUCGUCUCCUCCAUCCGUAGAGGCGUUUGUUCCAGAGGGUUCCGAUGAAUUAACGAAGACGUCGCCUGAUAUUCUGCCUCUAGAGUGUUGUAGUGCUGUACCACCCCUUCCUCAUUCUGAUACGGUGGAACAAGAUGUUACUAUGGCUUGUGUCCUGGAUAAUCAGAAGACGCAGAGGUAAUCUGUUGCUGAGAGUUCUGGCGCAAAGAGCAUUUUCGAGUAAAAUUUACAGGUUUGCAAACGGAGAAUUCAAUUUUGCAGUUUUCCCCAACCAAAUUCUACAUAAAUACAACGAAAACAAAAUGGCAAUCAAACCUGACCUAUUUAUGGACUUAGCAAACUAUAGUGAAGGAAAGUUUAAUUUCCUUAAAAGAACAUACAAAAAUUUUUAAAUUUAUUCAGAUUCAAUAACAUGAAUUGGACGUUUUUCAUUUUUUUUACCAUCAUAAAUAAAUUGUAAUCCUACAAUUCUGUCUAAUUUAUCAGCUUUUGUAAAGGUUGUAGUAUAUCGAUCUGGAAGAGUAAUUUUAUAUUUAUCAUCUAAAAGUAAUAAAACUUUAUUACCAAAUUUAGUUGAUAAAACUUUAGGAUUUGAAAUA